AUAGGAAAAUGGGUUUGGGCUCAGUGUUUGUGUUUCUAACAGAAUUGGUUCUCAAUUGAGUGGAGAAUGUAGAUUGGUUUAAUAGAAACUGCUUUCCUGGCUUUGUUUUGUUGUUAUAAAUUGGGCAAAAUCAUAUUAGAAUUGACAUUGGGUGUGCCAGACUGUACGCUUGCGUGGCACUGAGGUGAUGUUAUGGGCCGCUAUACGGGCAAAAAAUGUCGCCUGGUGUGCAUGUUCUGGCUGACGGCGUUCUUCUUCCUGGUGGAGAUAAUCGUCGGCUAUGUCACCAACUCCAUGGCGCUGGUCGCCGACAGCUUCCACAUGCUCAGCGAUGUCGCUGCGUUAGUGGUCGCUUUCCUAUCGGUCAAGAUGUCGCCGAAAAAAUGGUCGAAAAACACGUUUGGUUGGGCGCGUGCGGAGGUGCUGGGAGCCCUCGUUAACGCCGUCUUUCUAGUCGCUCUCUGCUUCUCCAUCACCGUAGAGGCAUGCAAAAGAUUUAUAGAGGUAGAAAUAAUCCAUGAACCGCAGCUGAUCGUUGUUGUCGGGGCAUUAGGACUAAUAGUUAAUAUUAUUGGACUCUUCCUGUUCCAUGAACACGGAGGCCACGGUCACUCUCACGGCGGCUUUAGCCAGUCGGACAGUGCGCAUGCGCACAGCCACCUAUCACGCAGCCACACGCGACUGACGCAGCUGGUGUCGGCAGGUGCAUCUUCAGUGGCUGGAAACGCGGCCAAUGGUAACACCACCGAUGACAACGAGAACCUCAGUGGCGGUGCUGGCUUGGCGGGGCGCAUUGUGAGCGGCAUGGGAGGGCAUCAGCACAACGGCAAGAUGGCCGCUGACGCUGCGCAGAUGAAUAUGCGCGGUGUAUUCCUCCACGUGUUGGCCGAUGCGCUCGGAUCGGUUAUUGUCAUCAUAUCGGCUCUGGUUGUAUGGCUGACAGACUGGCGCUUCAAGUACUACAUGGACCCGGCUCUGAGCAUUGUCAUGGUGGUCCUCAUCCUCCGAUCAGUCUGGCCUCUGCUGCAGGAGUCAGCUCUUAUCCUCCUACAAACUGUUCCUACACAUAUUCAGGUGGAUGCGAUUCAGCGCAGACUGCUGGACAAAGUGGAUGGAGUUCUGGCCGUACACGAGUUCCACGUCUGGCAAUUGGCUGGUGACAGGAUCAUUGCUUCAGCGCAUAUCAGGUGUCGAAAUCUUUCCGAGUACAUGAAAAUCGCUGAGAAAGUGAAGGAGUUCUUUCAUAACGAAGGCAUUCACUCGACUACUAUUCAGCCUGAAUUUGUAGAAGUUGCAGAAUUUGCAGAGGACGACCGAGUACAGGAGACAGCUUCGGGCGAUGACUGUGUGUUGGACUGUCCGAAAACAGACAAGCCGUGCGCCCUGUCCACCUGCUGUGGUCCCUCUAAGCACGGAAGAGACACACCAUCUCCUGGCGACACACCCUACCUGUGCAGGCAGCGCAACAACUGUGCCGCGGCCGCGCAGUCAGCCGCAGCCCUCAACGGGCCCAGCGAGAUGGAGCGGGGGGCGCUGCUAGGGGGGGUCGGUGGGCCAGGGGGGGUCACCUGUGCCGCGUCGGCACUCAGUGCUGCCACCUCGCUGCAGCACCUGCACACGGCCGCCUGCAUAUGACUGCAGGGGACAGCAGCAGACGGCGUAUGCGCCUCGCACCCCCUGCCCUCUGCCUCUGCCCCCCCUCUUCUGCUCGCUGUUUCCGCCGUUCGAAUGGAGGUCGGCCGGGUUGGUUCGUAAAUUCGGAAAUGAUCUCCUUCAACUAUACCAAAGCAUCAUUACACUGUGUGGACAAUCAUAUAGAGGCACUCCGCAUACUAUUCGAUCAAAUACGAAAUCCAUAUAAUAGCUGGGAUGUAAUCAGAUGCAAUUAGUAAAUCAAUUUGUAAAAAUAACUAACUUACCAUGCUUGGUAUCAUUUCACUUCAUGUUCUUGUGAUGAACACAGAAUUUUUUUUAUCUAUAUUAUUACUAAA